GCCGGUUCUCUACAAGGACAUCAACCAAUAAACACAGACUGCAGCUGAAGUGUCACUUCUUCACACAGGAGCAAAGAGCGAAGAACUCAACUGCAAAUAUGAGUAAAGUGUUGGACGUUGAGCGCUGUGAUCUGAAUAUUAAGGAGAACAACAGCAGCCAUCAUACAGAGCUUUAUGGAGAGGAGCGUUUGAUUGUCAGAAGGGGACAGCCCUUCAUCAUCGUUUUACACAUGAAACCUGGCAAAGAGAUCAAACUUGGUCAAACAAGCCUCACACUCAUCGCUGAAGUUGGUCCUUUGCCCAGAAAAGAAUCAGACACAAAGGUUUCCUUCAGUUUACAUGACUCCAUAGUUGAGACUGAAUGGAGUGCAUCUGCGAUUUGCGAUCCCUCUGGAAACGCAGUGUCUAUGACUAUCAAUUCCUCCCCCGAUAGUCCAAUAGGAGUGUAUUCUCUGACCUUGGACCAGGAUGGACAAAAGACCAUUUUAGGACAAUUCACUCUGCUCUUUAAUGCUUGGUGCACCAGAGAUGCUGUUUACAUGAGCAGUGAGGCAAAGAGGCAGGAGUAUGUGUUAGAACAGCAUGGCCAAGUCUACAGGGGAACCUUUAAACGCAUCAGACCGCUCCCCUGGAACUUUGGACAGUUUGAACCAGGGACACUGGAUAUCUGUCUAAAGAUCUUAGACGAAAACCCCAAAUUUAUUUCAGAUGCUGACAAGGAUUGCAGUGCCAGGAAGAGUCCUGUCUAUGUGUCCAGGGUGCUGAGUGCCAUGAUCAACAGUAAUGAUGACCAGGGAGUGCUGGUGGGAGCAUGGGGAGAUAUUCCAGAUGAUGGGGUUCAUCCAGGAACGUGGCUCGGUAGUGGGGACAUUUUACACCAGUGGGCAGAAAGUGGCCCUGUCCACUACGGCCAGUGUUGGGUCUUUGCUGCAGUUGCAUGCACAGUGUUCCGAGCCCUGGGCAUCCCAUGUCGCGUGGUCACCAACUUUGAAUCAGCUCACGAUACUGAUGCCAGCCUGCGGAUAGAAAAGCUGUACACUGUUAAUAAUAAAAGAAUUUAUACUGGUGAUUCAACAUGGAAUUUCCAUGUUUGGGUGGAUAGCUGGAUGACUCGUCCCGACUUGGGGGUUGAGUAUGAUGGAUGGCAAACCAGUGAUCCAACUCCACAGGAAACAAGCGAGGGGGUUUUCUGCUGUGGACCGGCUUCUCUGAAGGCCAUCAAGGAAGGAGACCUGACCAAAAAGUAUGACGCUCCAUUCAUUUUUGCAGAGGUUAAUGCAGAUGUUGUGAACAUGGUGCGUCUGUCAAAUGGGGAUAUUCACACACUCCGUGAAUCCACUGAUGUUGUAGGACUCUCCAUCAGCACUAAAGCUGUGGGCUCAGAUGAGCGACAUGACAUCACACACCAAUACAAGUAUCCAGAAGGCUCUGAGGAGGAAAGGCGAGUGUAUAAAAAGGCUCAGCAUCAUAACAAGCUGGAGAAGGAAGGAGCAGAGCCGGGACUUCAGCUCAAGAUCAAACUUUCAGACAACAUGAUUGUGGGCUUGGACUUUGAGGUGCACGCUGUCCUCACCAACAAUUACAUGAGGUCAUCAUCCUGCUACGCCACGUUUUCCGCCAAAGCUGUUGGAUACAAUGGAAAACCUGGAGAGACCUGUGCAUUUGUUUCAGAAAAUGUGAAGUUGUCCUCUGGAGAAGUAAGGCGCCUGCCCCUCAAACUGGAGUAUGGACAUUAUGGACCACUGAUUACGUCUGACAAGCUGGUCAAGGUGUCGGCCAUCACUUUCGACAAUGACAACUUUGACUACCACAGGGCAGAGAAGACCAUUGUGCUUGAUGAGCCAGACAUAGAGAUCAAGCUGGAGGGAGAAGUCACAGUGAACAACCAAGUGGCUGCAGAGCUGAGCAUGAAGAACACUUUACCAGAGCCACUGCAGAACUGCAGCUUCACCAUUGAGGGGAUCGGCCUCACACAAGGGAAACCAAUAACAGUGAAGAUUGGAACUGUGGACCCGAAACAAGAUGCCAAAGCCAAUAUUUUCUUCACCCCCAACAAUGCCGGUCCCACCGUGCUGGUGGUGAACUUUGAUAGUGACAAACUGAGGCAUGUUAAAGGCUCCAUCAAGGUUGUGGUGAAGCCCUGAGCCAACACAGUGUCGGAAAACAGCAACAGCUUUGUUGUUGUUGUUGUUUCUGAAGAUCACUGGGCUGUUCUCAGCAGGGAAGCCCAAAUCUUCAUUAUUAUUUUUAAUUCCCUUAUUGUUUUGAUCAACUUGUUAUACCAUACUAUAAAGUUACACUUUACCUUUAAGUGCUUUUAUUUAAAAACUCUGCAAUCCACAUCCACUAAAUAACAGUAUUUUGGCUACGAUUACAGUUGUAGGCUAUUUGAAAGUUGUAUUCAUUCAAUCAAUCAAUCAAUCAAUUGUGGACAUAAGGUGCAUCUGAUAUGCUGCACAAAGAGAGAGUAUGUAGCAAUUUGCUAGUUUGCAAAUGUUAAAAAGCACAUGUUUUACCCUAUGUGAUUCAAUAUUGAUUGUAAUUCAAUUAAAGCAGUAGGUCUGCACA